AGUGAAUGUAAACGUGUCGCGCAUGCGUCGUCGUUGUCGUCUGCAAUUGUUUCUGGUUCGAUCAGUUCGCCCAACUUUGAGUUCCCUGGAAAAGAUGAGCAAACGUUAAAAGUCAGCCAAUGAGGCGAAAAAUAAUAAUAAAAAUAAUACAAAUCGAAUCGUAUAUAAUGCAAAAUUGAGUCGCCUCAAUCAAUUCGACUCCCCCCAGUGCUAUACAUAGUUUGCUUAAUUAAUUUCACAAUACAAUUCGCAAGCCAACAAAUUUGCCAACAACAAUAGCAAAUACCUGGCUAUCAAUAUGAGUGUUCCAAGCGUGCCCCAACAGCGGGCAUCAACUCCAACACCAACGCGGAACCAGCAUAGCUGGCGACUACGUCGGGCCCCCGGGGCGACAGUCCCUCGCAGCACCCUGCUAUUGUUGCUGAUUAGUCUGGGCCUCAGUCUGGACUUUGUGCAUUGUUACGAGAAAAUGUAUAGUCAGACUGAAAAGCAGCGCUACGAUGGCUGGUAUAAUAAUCUGGCCCAUCCCGACUGGGGAUCGGUGGAUAGCCAUCUGGUGCGGAAGGCACCGCCCUCCUACUCGGAUGGGGUGUACGCAAUGGCUGGGGCUAAUCGACCCUCGACGAGGCGACUGAGUCGCCUCUUCAUGGGCGGUCGCGAUGGUCUCGGCUCCAAAUUCAAUCGAACCGCGCUGUUGGCCUUCUUUGGCCAGGUGGUGGCCAACGAGAUUGUGAUGGCCUCAGAGUCUGGCUGCCCCAUUGAGAUGCAUCGCAUCGAAAUCGAGAAAUGCGAUGAGAUGUACGAUCGUGAGUGUCGCGGCGAUAAAUAUAUACCCUUCCAUAGGGCCGCCUAUGAUCGCAACACUGGCCAGAGCCCGAAUGCGCCUAGGGAACAGAUAAAUCAAAUGACUGCUUGGAUUGAUGGCAGUUUCAUUUACAGCACAUCCGAGGCGUGGCUCAAUGCCAUGCGUUCCUUUCACAACGGCACCCUGCUCACCGAGAAGGAUGGCAAGCUUCCAGUGCGCAACACAAUGCGAGUGCCGCUGUUCAACAAUCCGGUGCCCAAUGUCAUGAAGAUGCUCAGCCCGGAGCGGCUAUUCUUGUUGGGUGAUCCGCGCACAAAUCAAAAUCCCGCUUUGCUCUCUUUUGCCAUACUCUUUGUGCGCUGGCACAAUACCCUGGCGCAGCGGAUAAAGCGCCUGAAUCCCACAUGGUGUGACGAGGACAUCUUUCAGCGUGCGCGGCACACGGUGAUUGCUAGUCUACAGAAUGUGAUGGUCUACGAGUAUUUGCCGGCGUUUCUGGGCUCUUCAAUACCGGCAUAUGAGGGCUACAAACAGGACGUGCAUCCGGGCGUUGGACACAUCUUUCAGGCGGCCGCCUUUCGCUUUGGCCACACCAUGAUACCGCCCGGCAUCUAUCGGCGCGAUGGCAAUUGCAAUUUCAAGCAGACACCCAUGGGAUAUCCGGCCAUACGGCUGUGUUCCACGUGGUGGGACUCUAGCGGUUUCUUUAGCGACACCAGCUUGGAGGAUGUGCUGAUGGGCCUAUCAUCGCAAAUCUCCGAGCGCGAGGAUCCCGUCUUGUGCUCGGAUGUGCGCGAUAAACUCUUUGGGCCCAUGGAGUUCACACGUCGCGAUCUGGGCGCUCUAAACAUAAUGCGUGGACGCGACAAUGGUUUGCCUGAUUAUAACACGGCUCGCGAGGCAUAUGGCUUGCGCAGGCACAAAACCUGGACGGACAUCAAUCCGCAGCUGUUCGAAGCACAACCAGAACUGUUGGGUAUGCUGAAAGAGGCCUACAAUAAUCAGCUGGAUGAUGUGGAUGUUUAUGUGGGCGGCAUGCUUGAAUCCUAUGGCCAGCCGGGUGAGCUCUUCAGCAGCGUGAUCAAGGAGCAAUUUCAACGUGUGCGCGACGCGGAUCGCUUCUGGUUCGAGAACGAACGCAAUGGCAUCUUUACAGCCGAGGAGAUCGCCGAGCUGCGCAAGAUAACCCUCUGGGAUAUAAUAGUGAACAGCACCGAUAUUGAGGUGGGUCAGAUACAGCGUGAUGUGUUCAUGUGGCGCACUGGCGAUCCCUGUCCGCAGCCAAUGCAGCUGAAUGCCACCGAGCUGGAGCCGUGCAACUAUUUGGAAGGCUACGACUACUUCUCCGGCUCCGAACUGAUGUUCAUCUAUGUGUGCGUCUUCCUUGGCUUUGUGCCCAUCCUUUGCGCUGCCGCCGGCUACUGUGUGGUUAAGCUACAGAACAGCAAGCGGCGCCGACUCAAGAUACGCCAGGAGGCGCUGCGUGCGCCACAGCAAAAGGGAUCCGUCGAUAAGAUGUUGGCGCGCGAAUGGCUGCAUGCGAACCACAAGCGGCUGGUGACAGUCAAAUUUGGACCAGAGUCGGCUAUCUAUACGGUGGAUCGCAAGGGCGAAAAGCUGCGCACCUUCAGCUUGAAGCAUGUGGACGUUGUCAGCGUUGAGGAGUCGGCAACCAAUCAUAUCAAGAAGAAACCCUACAUACUGCUCCGCGUGCCCAGCGAUCACGAUCUGGUGCUGGAGCUCGAGUCGUAUGGAGCGCGUCGCAAGUUUGUGAAGAAGCUGGAGGAUUUCCUGCUGCUGCACAAGAAAGAGAUGACCCUGAUGGAGGUUAAUCGCGACAUUAUGUUGGCCAGAGCGGAGACGCGCGAACGUCGUCAGAAGCGUCUCGAGUACUUCUUCCGCGAGGCAUACGCGUUGACCUUUGGCCUACGACCGGGCGAACGGCGUCGUCGCUCGGAUGCGUCCAGCGAUGGCGAAGUGAUGACCGUGAUGCGCACCAGCCUGUCGAAGGCGGAAUUUGCCGCUGCGCUGGGCAUGAAGCCCAACGAUAUGUUUGUGCGCAAAAUGUUCAAUAUUGUGGACAAGGAUCAGGAUGGUCGCAUCAGUUUCCAGGAGUUCCUCGAGACCGUUGUGCUCUUCUCGCGCGGCAAAACGGACGACAAGCUGCGCAUCAUCUUCGAUAUGUGCGACAACGAUCGCAACGGUGUCAUCGACAAAGGAGAGCUCAGUGAGAUGAUGCGCUCGCUGGUGGAGAUUGCGCGCACCACCAGCCUGGGCGAUGAUCAGGUCACCGAGCUGAUCGACGGCAUGUUCCAGGAUGUGGGCCUCGAGCACAAGAACCAUCUCACCUACCAGGACUUUAAGCUCAUGAUGAAGGAGUACAAGGGCGACUUUGUGGCCAUUGGCCUGGAUUGCAAGGGUGCCAAACAGAAUUUCCUCGACACGUCCACAAAUGUCGCUCGCAUGACUUCGUUCAACAUUGAGCCCAUGCAGGAUAAGCCACGGCACUGGCUGCUCGCCAAAUGGGAUGCCUACAUCACGUUCCUCGAGGAGAAUCGCCAGAAUAUAUUCUAUUUAUUUCUAUUUUAUGUCGUUACCAUUGUACUCUUUGUGGAGCGUUUCAUCCACUACUCAUUUAUGGCUGAGCACACUGACUUGCGACACAUUAUGGGUGUGGGCAUUGCCAUCACACGAGGAUCGGCCGCUUCGUUAUCCUUUUGCUAUUCGCUGCUGCUGCUGACCAUGUCGAGAAAUCUCAUCACCAAACUGAAGGAGUUCCCCAUCCAGCAAUAUAUUCCGUUGGAUUCGCACAUCCAGUUCCAUAAGAUCGCCGCCUGCACAGCGCUCUUCUUCUCGGUGCUGCACACCGUUGGACACAUUGUCAACUUCUAUCAUGUGUCCACACAGUCGCACGAGAAUCUGCGCUGUUUAACGCGCGAGGUGCACUUCGCCUCCGACUAUAAGCCGGACAUCACAUUCUGGCUCUUUCAGACGGUCACUGGCACCACUGGUGUCCUCCUCUUCAUCAUAAUGUGCAUCAUUUUUGUCUUUGCCCAUCCGACCAUACGGAAGAGAGCCUACAACUUCUUUUGGAACAUGCACACUCUCUACAUCGGCCUGUACUUGCUGAGCUUGAUCCAUGGAUUGGCGCGUCUGACGGGACCGCCACGUUUCUGGAUGUUCUUCCUCGGACCGGGCAUUAUCUACACCCUGGACAAGAUUGUCUCGUUGCGCACGAAAUAUAUGGCACUAGAUGUCAUCGAUACAGAUCUGCUGCCCUCGGAUGUCAUCAAGGUCAAGUUCUACAGGCCGCCCAAUCUGAAGUAUUUGUCCGGACAGUGGGUGCGCCUCUCCUGCACUGCAUUCAGGCCGCAGGAGAUGCAUAGCUUCACGCUAACAUCGGCGCCGCACGAGAACUUCCUGAGCUGUCACAUUAAGGCGCAGGGUCCAUGGACUUGGAAGCUGCGCAACUAUUUCGAUCCGUGCAAUUAUAAUCCAGAGGAUCAGCCCAAGAUACGCAUUGAGGGUCCGUUCGGUGGUGGCAAUCAGGACUGGUAUAAAUUUGAGGUCGCUGUCAUGGUCGGCGGUGGCAUUGGUGUUACUCCGUACGCCUCUAUACUGAACGACUUGGUCUUUGGUACCAGCACCAAUCGCUACUCGGGUGUUGCCUGCAAAAAGGUCUAUUUCCUGUGGAUUUGUCCAUCACAUAAGCACUUCGAGUGGUUCAUCGAUGUGCUGCGCGAUGUGGAGAAAAAGGAUGUCACCAAUGUGCUGGAGAUACACAUCUUCAUAACGCAAUUCUUCCACAAAUUCGAUCUGAGAACCACCAUGCUGUACAUAUGUGAGAAUCACUUUCAGCGUCUCUCGAAGACCUCAAUUUUCACGGGACUCAAAGCAGUCAAUCAUUUUGGCCGUCCAGACAUGUCCAGUUUUCUUAAGUUUGUGCAAAAGAAGCACUCCUAUGUAUCCAAAAUAGGCGUCUUCUCCUGCGGUCCCAGACCGCUAACAAAGAGCGUUAUGUCCGCCUGUGAUGAAGUGAAUAAAACACGCAAAUUGCCUUAUUUUAUACAUCAUUUCGAGAACUUUGGUUAAGUUGGCGCGCACCUCAGCAGCGGAACUCUACUCAAUUCUACAAUUAUCUGCCAACUACAAAAAUCAACACACACGAAAAGAAAAUAACACAAUAAUAAUCAAUUCUCGAAUUAAGUUUCAUUCGUUCAGCAUGUUCAACGAAUUUAGUAGCACACCCACACCACCCACUACUAACUGUCAUCUAUCGAUAUACAUAUAGUAUAUGUGUAU